AUGGAAAUUAAAUUAUAAGUGGAUAAUCUUCUUAAACCCAUUAAAGAAAUAAUUUAGAAUAUUGAUCAAGUUAACAGUUAAAUCUUACAAUCACACACUCAAUAGUUUGCGUUGUCCAUACUUGAGUUUGUUUUUUUAGGUAAUUGCUGUCCUUGCACUCUAACGCCUGUUGAAUAUAAAACCAUAUUAAUCCAAUAUGUUCAGCAAUUACGAAAACACUAUCAGAACAAUAAAGAAUCGACAGUUUGCCAAGUAUAUCAGUUAAAUAAUAAGAGAUUGUAAGCAAACUUCUAAAGCAGCGAUAAGAACAUGGAGAUCGUGAAUAAGAAGGGUUCAUGAAUUCAGAUGAAGAAGAGACACGUUUAGUUCAACAAAUAUCAUUUUAGUAAAAUAUCCAAGAUUAUUCCAACGAUGCAGAUUUGGAUAAGCACAAAGUAGUGUUGCAAUAGAAGGAUUACGAAAUUGCGACUCUCAAGGCCAGACUAUAGUUAAAAGAGCAGAAACUCUUGGAUUUAGCCAGUGGUUAUCUUAAAGACUUAUAAAAUAUGAGAGAACAAAUGUAUAAAAAGUCAGAUGACUUCGAUUACUACGAGGUUUCUUACUUUGAUGUCACAGACAUUGAGGAUCCUCGCUACAGAGAUUUGGUGAAUAACAAGAUAGCCAAUCUAAAGAGUCAAUAUGAAACCAAGACAAGGGAAAUGUAUAGAACAUCUAAUUGUUAGAUAUUUAUUCGUUUAAAAAUAAAAGAAUGAGGUUUAGAAUCUGAGGCAGACAGUGGGUAACUUUGAACAAAAGAUGAAACUGAUGGAGAAUGUAGAGUAUUUGAUGAAUCGUGUAUUUGCAUUGGAAUAAGAUCCUUAUAAGAUAUGGAGAUACAUUCAGGACAUCAAAGGAAAUGAUUUCUUUCAUGAUGUCUUUGAAAAAUAAAAGCCAGCAUCAGGAAUCCGAUAUAGAGAAGUGAAUAAACUAUUGAUGGUAACGAAAGCUUACGAUAGAGAAUUAGAAUACUUUAAAAAGGGAAUUGAAGAUCAAAUGUAUAUCUAUUUGGAGAGAGCCUGUGGAAUAAUUAAUCUCUAAAACUAGGAUCUAUUGGAUGAAAUUGAGGAAUUGAAAAAAGAGGCUGAAAGAUUUAAUUAAUUUGAAGGCAGAGUGAAUCAAUAAAUUAUGCAAUCAUUUGAAUAAUUUAAAAAAUAAUGUAUUUUGAUCUUUAAAUUAAAUAGUGAAAUAACAUCAAUUGGAAUACAUGGAGGUAAAAUCUAAAGAAUUGUAGUAAUUACAGAAAAUUCAACUCAAGUAUGCUACAAGGUUGUGGUAUAUUGUGAGUCAAAUUAAGAAAGGCAGAGAUAUAAAAGAGUUGAUAUUAUAUGCAUAGUAAAGCAAAAAGUUAAUAAAUUAGUUAGAAUGAUUACGAAAAAUUGACAUCAUAACAAUUCUUGGAGGUUGAAAAUAAUUAUCUCAAAAGUAUCAUCGCUAUUAAAACAAGGUAGGAAGAGAUCGUUGAAUUGAAUAAUAAAUUAGAACAGAUGUAAUUAUCAAAUGACGAAUUUAAGAGCGAAAAUUCUUAAAUGAAAGUUAUCAUUCAAGAUCUUAAAGCCAAAAUCAAAAAUCAUUAGAAAUGUUUGCAAUAAACAAUUAAACACAUAGAUUCUAAGAUCAAUCCAGAAUUACUCAAUCUAGAUGACAAUAACAGAGAAACUACUAUUAGUUUUAAAGAUAAACUUAAACAACUAAGACAAUAACAUAAUGGCUUAAAAUUUAUCUAGGAAGUGAACGAGUAAUAUCAAAAGAAUAAUUUGGCAUUAGACUUUUUAAGUACUUCCUAUGAAAACAAAGCAACCUAAACUAUGAUUGCUAAUGUAAGUAAAAGUUUGGCAGAAGCGAUUGAAAUACAUGAGACGUAAAGCAAUAAAGAAAAUACUCAUGAAGAUUUGCGAUGUAUCAAAAAGGAAAGUCAUGAUGUAGAAUGCUAAACUGAUUUAAUAGAUGUUGAAGAAUUAAUAAAGCAAAAUGCUGAGUUAAAAUAAUAAAUCAAGAAUUUGUCAUAAGUUAUAGAUGAAAUGGAAGGAGAGGGAGCUCUAUAGCAACAAUAUAAAUUAGGCAAUUAAUAAAAUUAAUCCUUUGAUGUCUACUCAUCUUAAAAAAGUGGAAAUCUUAAAAGAAGAUAUGGCUAAGCUAAUGAAUUCAAAGAUUCAAAUCCAAAUUAUCAAGAUGAUAUAAAAGUAUACAAUGAAAAAAAUAAUGGUUAUACAUUAGGCUAAGCUAAUUAAUUGAUUAUUUUGCAUCAAUAAUAAUCUUUUGAGAGAAUAGCUUAAACUUAGACUCUCUAAGCAUCUAAACACUAAUAAAAAGGUGUUUUUAGUAGAUUGUUUGAGGAUAGUAAGAAGAAAUCAGAAAGAAUUCAAAAAAUUAAAAAGAAUUUAGAACUUUUAGAGUAAGAACAUUGGUAAUAAGUGGCUGAGUUAGUAAAAGAAAAUUAAGAUAUUAUGAAUGCUUUUAAAGACACUAUCUCAAAAAGCAAGCAUUUCUAUCAGAAAUAGCUAAAAAGAAGUCUUGAAAUAGAAUAAAAAUAUUUCCCCUAAAAACACAAUAGAGCAUAAUUUUAUUUUAAGAAAUUUAAGGAUUUUCAUGUGCAUCAAUAAGAACUUAAUGAGAUAUUUUUUGAUCCAAAUUCGAGUGACGAAAAAACCAAUGAAAUAUAGAGAUUGAAUAUCAAAAGUGUUGUAGAUAAUAGGAAAUUGAAUGGAUAAAUAAGAUUUAAUGGACUAAAAAGAGAGGAAUAUUAAUUUUUUUAAUCGCUUGAAAGGAAAAAAUUAUAAAGCAGAACUUUUAGAAGCACUUAAUAAUCUCCAAAAUAGAAGAAGGUUCAGUAUGUUUCAUUUAAUAAACCAUUUAUAGGAAGUUUAACUAGCAAUGAAACGAACGAUUUCAACAACUAAUAAAUUAUUAAAAACUUGUAAAAGGUUUAUGAUUUGGGCUGA